AUGGCAGUGCCGGCGGCUUUGAUCCCUCCGACCCAGCUGGUCCCCCCUCAAGCCCCGAUCUCUACGUCUGCUUCCUCCUCCGGUACCACCACCUCCACCUCCUCUGCGACCUCGUCUCCGGCUCCGUCCAUCGGGCCCCCGGCGUCCUCGGGGCCAACUCUGUUCCGGCCGGAGCCCAUCGCUUCGGCGGUGGCGGCGGCGGCGGCGGCGGCGGCGGGCACAGUCACCUCCACCGGCGGCGGCGGCGGCGGCGGCGGCGCGGGCAGCGGAGGCGGCGGCGGCGGCGGCGGCAGCGCGGGCAACGGAGGCGGCGGCGGCGGCUGCAACCCCAGCCUGGCGACCGCGGGCGGCGGCGGCGGCGGCAGCAUCAGCGCCGGCGGCGGCGUUGGCGCCUCCAGCACCCCCAUCAACGCGAGCACCGGCGGCGGCGGCGGCGGCGGCAGCAGCAGCAGCAGCAGCAGCAGCAGCAGCAGCAGCAGCAGCAGUAGCAGCUGCGGCCCCCUCCCCGGCAAACCCGUGUACUCGACCCCGUCCCCAGUGGAGAACACCCCCCAGAAUAAUGAGUGCAAAAUGGUGGAUCUGAGGGGGGCCAAAGUGGCUUCCUUCACGGUGGAGGGCUGCGAGCUGAUCUGCCUGCCCCAGGCUUUCGACCUGUUCCUGAAGCACUUGGUGGGGGGCUUGCACACGGUCUACACCAAGCUGAAGCGGCUGGAGAUCACGCCGGUGGUGUGCAAUGUGGAGCAGGUUCGCAUCCUGAGGGGACUGGGCGCCAUCCAGCCCGGAGUGAACCGCUGCAAACUCAUCUCCAGAAAAGACUUCGAGACCCUCUACAAUGACUGCACCAACGCCAGUUCUAGACCUGGAAGGCCUCCUAAGAGGACUCAAAGUGUCACCUCCCCAGAGAACUCUCACAUCAUGCCACAUUCUGUCCCGGGUCUUAUGUCUCCUGGGAUAAUCCCACCAACAGGUUUGACAGCAGCAGCUGCAGCAGCUGCCGCUGCUACCAAUGCAGCUAUCGCCGAAGCAAUGAAGGUGAAAAAAAUCAAAUUAGAAGCUAUGAGCAACUAUCACGCCAGUAAUAACCAACAUGGAGCAGAUUCUGAAAAUGGGGACAUGAAUUCAAGUGUUGGACUGGAGCUCCCUUUUAUGAUGAUGCCCCACCCUCUAAUUCCUGUCAGUCUACCUCCAGCAUCUGUCACCAUGGCAAUGAGCCAGAUGAACCAUCUUAGCACCAUUGCAAAUAUGGCGGCAGCAGCACAAGUUCAGAGUCCCCCAUCCAGAGUUGAGACAUCUGUUAUUAAGGAGCGUGUCCCCGACAGCCCGUCACCUGCCCCCUCCCUGGAGGAGGGCCGAAGGCCUGGCAGCCACCCGUCAUCUCACCGCAGCAGCAGUGUGUCCAGCUCCCCAGCGCGGACUGAGAGCUCCUCGGACAGAAUUCCUGUCCAUCAGAAUGGGUUGUCCAUGAACCAGAUGCUGAUGGGUUUAUCACCAAACGUACUCCCUGGGCCCAAAGAGGGAGAUUUGGCUGGUCAUGACAUGGGACAUGAGUCAAAAAGGAUGCAUAUUGAAAAAGAUGAGACCCCGCUUUCCACACCAACUGCAAGAGACAGCCUUGACAAACUUUCUCUAACUGGGCAUGGACAACCACUACCUCCAGGAUUCCCAUCUCCUUUUCUGUUUCCUGAUGGAUUGUCUUCCAUAGAGACCCUUCUGACUAACAUACAGGGGCUAUUGAAAGUUGCCAUAGAUAAUGCCAGAGCUCAAGAAAAACAGGUUCAACUUGAAAAAACAGAACUGAAGAUGGAUUUUUUAAGGGAAAGAGAACUAAGGGAGACACUUGAGAAGCAGUUGGCAAUGGAACAAAAGAAUAGAGCCAUAGUUCAAAAGAGGCUAAAGAAGGAGAAGAAGGCAAAGAGAAAAUUGCAGGAAGCACUUGAAUUUGAGACAAAACGGCGUGAGCAAGCCGAACAAACACUAAAACAGGCAGCUUCAACAGAUAGUCUCAGGGUCUUAAAUGACUCUCUGACCCCAGAGAUAGAAGCUGACCGCAGUGGCGGCAGAACAGAUGCCGAAAGGACAAUACAAGAUGGAAGACUGUAUUUGAAAACUACUGUCAUGUACUGA